UUCGCAUGCACGCAUGCGCAGUUAGACAGUGUGAGAAAAUGGCAGACGUCUCUUUGGAUGAAGUGAUACGACAGCGCGGUAUUAAUACCAAGGUGCCCGCCAAACGACCCAUGUUUGGACGGGGUGCAGGAGGGACUGGCAAGAGUUUUGACGCCCGACAGAAGAUCGGGGUUGGUGAUGUCAGACAGCGACUUGGAGGAGGAACGGGGUUUCAAGUGAAAGAUGCCAGAGAAAAGCUGGGUCAGAAGGAUGCUCGUUUCAAAAUCCGUGGGCGGGGAGGAGCAGGAGGAGUGCAGGAUGCUCGUCAGAUGAUCAACUCACGCAAACAGGGGCAGAAUCAGUUCAGUGUCCCUGCACAGACCACGCAAAAGACAGCAAUAACACACCAACUACAGAGCCAGACACUUGUACCACAGAUACAGAUACACACCAUCAACAAUCUUGCUGGUGUAAACACAAGGCAGUUUGCCCCCAAUGUACAAGGACUGAGUGUGAGGGGAAGCACAACGCCUCAGCUGAGCAGUAAUAACAAGAGAAUGAUGGAUGCUCGUGACAGACUGAGCCUCAAGAGGAGCAUCGGAGGGACGCAGACACAGGCAGCCGCUGCAACACCUUUUAAAAUAACCAAGACCAUCCAGCAACAUCCAGUGGGGAUGUCAGCUGGAAUACGUGCAGCUUCACAGCCUAUCUCAAAUGAGCAUGCUGGGACCCCCAGUAAACAAAUAAAGAUCACUACUGCUAACAAUGUGCUACCAUCACGGCCUGGUACGGUGGGCUCCGCAUUCUCCAUGUCAGCCCCAAUUACCAAGGUGGUUAAAAAUGAUGCUUACACAGCCCCGCGUCCUCCUGUCCCCGUGGCUCCCACCCGGCCCAACACCAGCAUGGCUGCCACCCGGUCCUCAGCUCCAGCCUUGCAGCCAGUCUCCAGGACCCUCCAGCAAAGCACAGCAGAAACCAGCAAAACACCUCCUACUCCCCCUCAGCCUGCAUUCAGUCCUUUGGAGGGGACAAAAAUAACGGUGAACAACCUGCAUCCCCGGGUCACUGAGGAAGACAUAGUUGAACUGUUCUGUGUGUGUGGUGCCUUGAAGCGAGCGCGGCUGGUGAAGGUGGGCGUGGCUGAAGUGGUGUUUGUCCGUAAAGAGGACGCUGUGAGCGCAUACAGGAAGUACAACAAUCGCUGCCUGGACGGCCAACCAAUGAAGUGUAACCUUCAUAUUCAGGGAAAUGUCAUCACUUCUGAUCAGCCCAUUCUAUUGAGGCUCAGUGACACUCCAGGCACCGGCAGCGGUACAAAGAAAGACGGCCUGCCCCCCUCCUUGUCUCGCCCCGCCGGUCAGCGAGCCUCCUCUCAGCCCACUCCAGAGGUGGACCCCCAAACCAUCCUCAAAGCUCUGUUCAAGUCCACCGCACAGUCCACCUCCACCACUGAGCCCCCUAGCUCACAGGCCACCGCCUUUCGCAUCAAGAUAUAGUUCAUGUCUAGUAUGAAUACACUGUCUGUCCAUAAACAUAUUACUGCAUUCUCAGUGUUCACAUACAAACUGUGGUUUUCAUCUCGCCAUCAGGCAGCCUGCACUCUCUCAUAUGAAGCUGAUUUUUACACAUUUGAUAUACACGACUACUCUGAACGUGAGAUACAUGGAUACGCAACAUCCUGUUUUUGAUUUUGUGGUAUCCAAAUGUCACCUGUUUGUUCCUGAGAUGGACCAAUGGAAAGAAGUGUAAUGAGAUUUGUUGUUUUAAUUCAAUGUGGUGGAGGAUGCCAAAUCACACCGGAUGUGUAGGGAUUUUUUUUUUUUCUGUUUUUUGUCAAUUCUGUGCAAACCUGUUUGGAUAUGUUGAGGUUUUUGUUUGUUUUUUUUAAUACUCCAAUUUAACUCUACCUGUCCUCCCCUCCCUAAAAAAGAGAGAAAACUCAUUAACAGAACAGAUUGACAGACAACAUUGUCUUCACCCAGAGAUAUGUUGUGUUCAAGGCCCUGUACACCCACACAGCUGUGUUCAGUUAUAUUGUCUAUAGCUCCUUUAGGAUUGUCCUGCUAUGUACAGACCAUAGAAAUAAGACUGAAUAUACACCAUACAAAAAUAGAAGAAACAGAGGACAUUACACUAGAUAUAUCUAUCUGAUUUAGCAGGGUGAUGAAGUUGUCCUUCUCCCUGUAUCUGACAUGAAGUCUUGAUAGUCAAAAUAACUCAACCUGUGUGAGUAAAUCAGGGAUGGGCAGAAACCAUAAUAACGUUUAAUUUCAGUAAACCAGUUCUCAAACAGUCAGAUUAUGCUGAUGUUUUGUUUGGUUUUACCAUUCGUGUAACAUCCAGAUUCUUGUGUGUUCUGUUUGUGACUGGGUUUACUUGGUUGUCCGGUUUUGAAGCAGUAUAUGUUUAAUUCUUUCUACUAUACAUUACACCCGAUUUUUGUUGAAAGACUGUAAAUUACAUUCUGUUGUUUUCUUGGUAUGUCAGUCAAGGAGAUACUAGAGAGGUCAGAUCUGUCUGUGAAAUGUCACCAUUAAAUAUUUAGCUUUGUA